GACAGUAUUUGAGCCCCGAGUCUAGAAUAGUAGACGGCAUAACCUUACAUUUCUGCUAAGGAACGGAGCUGUUUCGUGACAGUCCGUGUGACUUCAUGAUGAAGAUUGUCAUUUUCGUGGUCCUGCUGGUUGGCCUACAGGAUGUGGCGUCAGUUACUCACUCACUGAAAUACUUCUACACGGCCUCUUCUGGAAUAAAAAACUUCCCAGAGUUUGUGACUGUUGGGAUGGUGGAUGAUCAGCAAUUCUCCUACUAUGACAGUGUCAUUAAAAAGGAGAUUCCCAAGCAGGACUGGAUGGCAAAGAGUGAAGGUCCUGAGUACUGGCAGCAACAGACUGAGGCCUCCCUUGGUGAUGAGCAGUCCUUCAAAGCCAACAUUGGUAUUGCUAAGGAGCGCUUCAACCAGACUGGAGGUGUUCACAUUGUCCAGUUCAUGUACGGCUGUGAGUGGGAUGAUGAGACUCAACAGGUUACUGGCUAUUAUCAGUAUGGCUACGAUGGCGAAGACUGGCUUGUAUUGAAUGUUGGCACAAACACAUUUAUUGCUCCAAAACAACAGGCUGAAAUUACUAAAAACAAAUGGAACAGUAACAAAGCUGGGCUGGAGUACAGAAAGAAUUACCUCAACCAGAUUUGUCCUGAGUGGCUGAAGAAAUAUGUAGACUAUGGGAGAAGCUCUCUGAUGAGAACAGAGCUCCCCUCAGUGUCUGUCCUUCAGAAAUCGUCCUCCUCUCCAGUCAGUUGCUUCGCUUCAGGUUUUUACCCCAACAGAGCUGAAAUGUUCUGGAGGAAAGAUGGAGAAGAGAUUCAUGAUGGAGUGAUUAAAGGAGAGAUCCUCCCCAACAAUGAUGGGACCUUCCAGAUGAGCGUUAACAUCGAUCUGUCAUCUGUUCCGACUGAAGACCACACCAAGUAUGAAUGUGUGUUUCAGCUCUCUGGAGUCAAGGAAGACAUCAUCAAUAGACUGGAGAAUGAAUCAAAUAAAACCAAUGUGAUCAUCUCUGUUGUUGCUGCUGUGGUUGUCAUUGGUCUCAUUGCUGUGAUUGGAAUCAUUUUUUACCUGAAGAGGAAAGCCAACCGUUCAGAUUCUCCUGUGCCCGGUCCACUCCCAGAAGAAACCCAACGUCUGCAAGCAUGAAAAAUCUCAAACAGACCAGACAAAUAAGUUCAUCAGUAAAGACGGAAUUUAUACAAGAAACUGCACCACGUUCUCUAUUUUUGGCAAAUUGUGAUUCAUCUGAAAUUUGAACAGAUUUCUUCGGUUUUGAAAUUCAGGAAUAUUGUGCAGCCGUACAUUAACGGGUUCAAGUGCUGUUAAAUCAAGUGGAAGUGAUGUUGAUAUUUUUAUUAUCUGGAAAUAUGUUGAAAUUAUUAUAAUUUUUUUUUAUAGUAAAAAAAAAUUAUUACUUUUAAAGCAAAGCUCACAAAUUCAUCCAAACACAGUUACUCUGACAAUUGGGGUUUAAAUCUAACAAAAUCAAAGACAUUUUUACCUCUGGAGAUGUUGACUGCUCUGCCAGGUAAUGUAAUAUAGCAUGUUGUGUUUUUAUGUGUUAAUCUUUUUCUGAUCCAAUCAACUAUCAAUACAUUAUUCUACCUAUCAGAUAUGAGCUUGGUUAAGUUUAGCAUCACAGUGAUGAUUACACAUCUAAAUUUAAUUUCUAGACAGGUUUGUGUUCACAUAAUUCUCACUUAAAUAUUUUGGUUUUGGGUAAAUUGCAUAUUUUCAGCUUAGGUUUGUGUGCCUUCUUUAUUUUGUCUGUCUUUUUGAUUUUUAUUUUGCUUUUAAUUAAAACCACUCAAAAGAAAUUAUUCAAAUAGUUCUAUCUCAUGUAUGCACCAAAAAAAAUAUUGUGUAAGGAAGAUAUGUUUGUUGUUUUAUAGGCUUCAUGAUCCGGGGUUUAAAUAAUUUCUUGUGUUAGGUUUAGUAUAUUGGUGUUCUGUUAAAUCCAUCUCUGUAAAUUUGGUUUGCUUUUAAAUAAAUUUUCACCAAAUCCA